CGUUUCCCACCAUUUUUUUUUACAAUUCUUAGGCAUUCCACAUUCGCCACCUGCCCCUUAUCUCUCUAUCGAUGGCCACCAUCCUCAGAACUCCGACAUUCCGGCCACCACAGCCGUCGCGCACGGCAUCCGCCAGCUCUUCCAAGUCCUCGAAACCCUCAUGCGUUGUCGUUUCGUCUUUCAGACAGAGCACUACCUGCAGGAGGAGGCCCUCACCCCUCACCUCUCUGCGGUUCUCUAGCAUUCCCUCCCUGCGGUCCGUCAAGUUCGUUCCUUUUGCUUUUGACGGCGACACCGAGGCCCCGCAAGUUCAAGAACCAGAGCUUGAAGUUCAGGACUCUUCAGAAGGUGCUGUUAGUGUGGAGGACAGUACAGGGGAUAACGAGGUCAGCGAUGCUGGUGAAACACCUGCUUCACCUUUCAUAGUGUUACUGCAAUCUUACAAAGAAGCAUUAGCUGAUAAUGAUGAAGUCAAAGUUGCUGAGUUGGAGAAAUCAUUAAAAUCCAUUGAAGAUGAGAAAAUAGGUCUUGAAGGGAAAAUAGCUUCUUUAUCUGAAGAGUUAUCAAUAGAAAGAGAUCGGAUUCUAAGGAUUAGUGCAGACUUUGACAAUUUCCGGAAGAGGACUGAGAGAGAUCGCCUUUCACUGGUCACAAAUGCUCAGGGGGAAGUUGUGGAGAGUUUGUUGCCUGUAUUGGAUAAUUUUGAGAGAGCAAAAGCUCAGCUUAAGUUGGAAACUGAGGCAGAGGAGAAAAUAAGCAACAGCUAUCAGAGCAUAUAUAAACAGUUCAGUGAAAUUCUAUCCUCACUUGGAGUUGAAUCAGUGGAGACAGUUGGAAGACCCUUUGAUCCAUUGCUACAUGAAGCAAUUAUGCGUGAGGAUUCUGCGGAAUUUGAGGAUGGCAUCAUUAUUCAAGAAUUCAGAAAGGGUUUUAAACUUGGUGACCGCCUCUUGCGUCCAUCAAUGGUGAAGGUAUCAGCUGGUCCAGGACCUGCGAAGCCUGAACAAGAAGCACCGCAAGAUGAACAUGUCACAAGUGAAAUUUCUGAGGGCAGUGAAGAGAAUGAGGGCAGCCCAGAAACCCAGUCUGCUUGAAAGGCCAAAUCUUUUGCCAGGAUUCAGUUUUGUAAAAUGAUAUCAGUUUAAUCUCCAGGAACCUAAUGUUGGGUGUAAAGUUGCUCAAGAAAUAUUCCAGCCAAGUUCAAAGGAAGUUAGUAUUGUGAGAUUUUGAAUUAUGAUUUCAGAUUUUUAUGCCCUUUUGCAUGGCUUUGGUAGAGAUGACUAAAUUUUCAGAGGUAACAUUUUUCUGAAAGGACACUGAGUAAGUUUCCACUGUUCAAGUGCUUGGCACCUGGAAUUAGGAGUUUCAGAUUGUGAGCUUUUUAAUUAUUUUAUUAAAGGUUUUAUAAUGACAUAAUGUCUUCAUCAUAUUGCCCAUUAGGCCAUUACAAAAGGAAGAAUAUUGCAUAAUGUAUUGUAUUCUUUGGUUAAGCGGGUUUUUAGAUGAUUUCUUAAAGAUUGUUUUUAUUUUCCUUUUUGCAAGCCCAAUAUGUAUAAGCUUGCGGUUAGAUUUCCACAACUCAAAUAUGCCCAGUUCAUAUAGGCAUCAUGAUUUUUUUUUUUCUUUUUUUUUGAAUACUAUAUAUUAGGCGUCAUGAUUUGACGGUACGGAGUUAAUUUAGUGCAAAGCCCAUGAAUCUUAAU